CCAGAAGGCUUCCAUUGGAAUUAAUGUUUUUCCUUACAGGGCCACAGAAAGUUGUGGAAAACAAGGUGAAAAUGCCAAAGUUGUUGUUUUUAGUGCCAGUGUGGGGUUUUGCACAGGUUUUUAGUUUAGGGUUUUGUUUUUGUUUUUUGUUUUUUUUUGACAGCAGCCUCCUUUGCGGAGAGAAAAAGAAACCAGCCACGGCAACCUGGACCAGACUCAAACUGGAAACGCCGCCUUACUCCGCGCAGCCCAGCUGUACAAUAGAGAGCAAUUAGGCCGGUCACGUGGGCAUCGAGGAAUGCGAUGCAUGCGUGUACGGGGGUGGAAGGGAAGGAUCUGGAGCGGCGGCGGCGCAGCUCUGCUCCCCACAGCGCCCUAUACCUUUGCAGCCGAAGCAGCCGCUGGAGUGGCAGUCGGGAGAGCCAACCGGAGGGGGCGAUUCCUCUCCCGCUCCUCCAAUCAUGCUCGAGGUCUCAGCGACAUCCUCUGCUCCGCAGGGUACCCUGCGUGUGUGUGCGGGAGAAAUGCUGACCGCCUGCGUGUUUCGGAGGGGAUUGGGCAGCCCGCCUCAGCAUCGGUGAAGCCGGAGGAGAGAGGUGGCAGUGCCUCGAGACUGCAAAGAAUCAUUUAUUGUAUCUUGAAAAGAAAACACAUUAGGGAAAGAGCAGUAGCAUGGAAAUGGAAGGAUUCCCUCCACCACCACCUCCUGAAGUUUUAGGAAAUGACAUACCAGUUACUGCUGCUAAUGAAGAAGAGGAAGAAGAAGGAGAACAGUUCGACUUUGAUAGCGGAGAUGAGAUACCAGAAGCAGACAGACAAAAUAUUUUGCCAAUUCAAGAAGAGGCAAAUUGUAUAGGGAAUGAAAAUCUAGAAAACCUAGAAGAAACUGAGAAAAUGCAGAGCUCCAAAGCCAAUGCAGAGGGCAUCCUACCACGGGUAAACCCAUACUCUGUCAUAACCAUUUCACCAAUGCAGGAAAAGGAGCUGUUGCUGUCACCAGAGCCAAGCACACAAGAUGGAACUAUAAGUCCCACCCUCUCAAGUGGAUAUUCGGUUCCGGUACCUUGUGGCUAUGCUGUGCCAUCCAAUUUGCCAUUGAUAUUGCCGGCGUAUUCCAGUCCUGUUAUAAUCCGCAACCCUUCUGUGGAUGAGGAAGCAAGUGUUCAUAUAGUAGCAGAGGAUGGUCAUUCAAAUUCUCAGAGUUCAGAAGAGCCUCCAAACAGUGAAGAUAAUCAGGGGAUCACAGAUGAGAAUGCCUUGGCCAAAUGGGUGGCUGAUCCUGCAAAUACAGAGUGGAUGGAGAAUCCUGAUGAAGUAAUAUAUGAUGAUGUACCAAGAGAAAAUUCAGACUCUGAACCAGAGGAGAUGAUUUAUGAUGAUGUUGAGAAUGGAGAUGAAGGUGGAAAUAGCUCUCCAGAAUAUGGGUGGAGUUCAAGUGAAUUUGAAAGCUAUGAAGAACAAAGCGACUCAGAGUAUAAAAAUGGAAUACCCAGUUCUUUUCUGCGUGGCAACCACAGAAGACAACUUUCUCAUGACCUAACCCGUUUAAAGGAGCACUAUGAGAAAAAGAUGAAAGAUCUAAUGUCCAACACAGUGGGAGGAGUGGAGAUUCAGCAACUAAAGCAAAAACAUGAGCUGAAGGAUCUGUUUGUCCCUAUCUUGCAGAUGCAGAAGCUCAUGAGAGCAGCAAGGGAAGGCACCAAAGACGGACUUGAAAAAACUAAAGCGGCUGUGAAGAAAGGUCGGUCAUUCAUCAGAACUAAGUCCUUUAUUAGUCAAGAACACAGAGCUACCUGUCUAGAGGAAGAGGAGCUGUUUAUUGAUGUAGAUUGCAUUCACACAGAAGCAAUCAUGACUCCGAUGCCAGAUGGAUUAUCCCAACAACAGGUAGUGCGAAGAUACAUUUUAGGCGCUGUGGUUGAUAGUGAGAAAAACUAUGUGGAUGCUCUGAAAAGAAUAUUAGACCAAUAUGAAAAACCUCUUUCAGAGAUGGAGCCCAAAUUACUGAGCGAGAGGAAACUGAAGAUGGUCUUCUACCGAAUUAAAGAAAUUCUUCAGUGUCAUUCAAUGUUUCAGAUGGCCCUGGCAAGCCGUGUCUCGGAGUGGGAUUCUGUUGAAAUGAUUGGGGAUGUCUUUGUUGCCUCGUUCUCGAAAUCCAUGGUACUAGAUGCCUAUAGUGAGUAUGUAAUCAAUUUUAGCACAGCUGUGGGGAUUCUCAAGAAAACAUGUGCUACAAAACCUGCCUUCCUUGAGUUUUUAAAGCAAUGUCAAGAAUCUAGUCCUGAUAGAAUCACUCUUUAUGGCUUAAUGAUGAAGCCCAUACAGCGUUUUCCUCAGUUCAUCCUUCUAUUACAGGAUAUGUUGAAGAACACGACUAAAGGCCACCCAGACAGGCUGCCUCUACAGAUGGCUCUCACAGAACUUGAAACACUGGCAGAGAAAUUAAAUGAAAGGAAAAGAGAUGCAGAUCAGCGCUGUGAAAUAAAACAAAUAGCCAAAGCCAUGAAUGAGCGUUAUCUGAACAAGUUACUCAGCAGUGGCAACCGGUACCUCAUCCGAAGUGAUGAUAUGUUAGAAACUGUUUAUACAGACAAAGGGGAGAUCAUGAAAACCAAAGAACGACGUCUGUUUAUGUUAAACGAUGUACUCAUGUGUGCUACUGUGCAUAUUCGCUCUUCCCAUGAAAGCAGUGGUGUCGUGAGUGGCCAGAGGUACUUAUUAAAAUGGAGUUUGCCACUUGGGCAUGUCGACGUCAUAGAGUAUAGAAGUAAUGAUGGUCAAGGAGAGAACUGCAGGUUCCCUUUGCAGUCAUCUUCUGAGAUCAUGGUUACCAAUGCCAAGCCAAAUAAGCUUUAUAUGGGACCAGGGCAACUGUACAGUGAUUUGCAGAACCUCUUACAUGACUUGAAUGUAGUUGGCCAAAUCAGUCAACUAGUAUGCAGUCUGAAGGGAAACUACCAGAAUUUAAAUCAAUCGGUGGCUCAUGAUUGGACCUCAGGUUUACAGAAACUCAUUUUGAAAAAAGAAGAUGAAAUUAGAGCUGCAGACCGCUGUCGGAUUCAGCUUCAGCUUCCAGGAAAACAGGACAAAUCAGGACGGCCUACUUUCUUUACAGCUGUGUUCAAUACAUUUACACCUGCCAUCAAACAGUCGUGGAUCAGAAGUUUACAGAUGGCUAAGCUUACUUUAGCUGAUGAAAAUCUGCUGGGUUGGUUCUGCAUAGAUGAUGACGGGAAUCAGAUUAAAAAAGAGAAACACCCACUCCUUGUGAAACACAUGCCUGUGAUGAUGGCCAAACAACAGGAAUUUAAGGUUGAAUGUGCUGCUUAUAAUCCUGAACCUUGUUUAUGUGAAGAAAGUGAUCCUGAUUCUCUUUCUAUGGAGUAUGGGUUUCUGUGGAUUGGCAGUUGUACUAAUCAGAUGGGCCAAAUCGCCAUUGUAUCAUUUCAAAACUCCAGUCCAAAGCUUAUUGAAUGCUUCAAUGUGGAGUCAAGAAUUCUUUGUAUGGUCUACAUUCCAGAAGAGGAGGAAUCCAAAGAAUCAAAUGAUAUGUUUCCUGAAUCCGGAGACAUGCCUACAAAACCUUUCAAUGUGUCUACUAUUUGUCUAGGCAUGGAAGAAGGAAGCAUUUCGGUUUACAAAAGUAGUCAAGGAUCCAAGAAAGUCCGUCUACAACACUUCUUUGCUCCCGAGAAGUCUACUGUGAUGAGCUUAGCAUACAAGACUCACCAUUUAUUUGCUGGCCUAGUCAAUGGAAAUAUUGCAAUCUACUCCAAAUUGGAAGAUGGGACCUGGAAUUCAGAACCACAGAAAAUAGUGAAAUUGGGAGUUCUUCCUGUCAGAGGUCUUCUUGUGAUGGAGGAAACCAUAUGGGCUGCUUCUGGUGGACAGAUAUUUAUAAUUAAUACGGAAACUCAUGCUAUAGAGUGCCAUUUUGAAGCUCAUCAAGAGGAAGGGAUGGUGAUCUCUCAUAUGGCUGUUGCAGGAGUGGGGAUCUGGAUUGCCUUCACAUCGGGAUCUACUCUCCGUCUUUUCCACACUGAAACCCUUAAACAUCUCCAGGAUGUUAAUGUGGCUACUCUUGCUCACAAUAUGUUAUCAGGACAGCAGCGUGUUUCAGUGACUAGCCUCUUAGUAUGCCAUGGUCUACUACUGGUUGGAACGAAUGUUGGGAUUAUAGUAGCACUCCCAGUUCCUCGCUUGCAGGGAAUCCCCAAAGUAACUGGAAGAGGCAUGGUAUCUUAUCAUGCCCAUAAUGGCCCUAUCAAGUUCCUUGUAACGGCCUCUGUGACAAAUAAGCAGAACAAAAAGAGGUCCAAGUCCAGGCUGAAUUGUCCUCAUUCAGGCCUGAAAGAGGAUGACCAAAAGGGUGUUGGACCUGAAAGGCCUAUUUCUUCUCUGAGCAACCCCACUGACAAUGCCAUUUGGUUGGGGGGCUCAGUCGGAUCCAUUGCUCAGAAAAGUGACUUGUCUUCCUCAUCUGGGUCACUCACGUUGUCUCACGGAUCCAACACAACUGAACCUCGGCCGGAAGAGAGUGCUGUCUAUGAGCUUUUGAAAGAAGUCUCCCCUGACCAGAGUAAAAGACAUAGAUCCAGAGAGGGGAAGGUGAUAUCCAUCAUGGUCAUCUCUGGAGGACAAGGACACAGAAGGGUGAAUAAGAAAUGCAAGCAGCAGCGGCCAGACGAACUGGUGUCUUCAAUAAUGGUUUGGCAGAUUCCACUGUUAAAGAUCUGACAACAGGACACAAUGCGAUUUGUACAAUGGCAUUUGCUUUGAUAUUAACACCAUCAUGAUGAAUUUAUGUUGUUUAUCUCAAAGCAAAUUAAAUAUCAAUGUUUGCAAAGGUUAUAAGAUUUCUUUGUCCUGAGUUUACGUGGGUUACCUUGUUACAACAAGUAUCUUAGACAUAUUCUAAGAAGCCCAUUUCAGAGCCACAUCUAAACAUAUUUUUGAGUUUUCAAAACUUUUGAGUUGAAAAAAAGCAUGAUUCAUUUCAAACAUUUUUUUCUCAUUUUGCUACUAUUUAUAUUCAAAUAUUGUGGCCUGAAAAUAUUCAGUGAAGAAAAAGGAUCAAAUAAUAUUUCUCUGAUGAGCCUUGCUUAAAUAAUUAUUUCUUGCAAGGCAAUAUCAUGCACAUGUGUUUCAUUUCCACAUACAUUUUUUUUAAAUAAUCAUUAUUCCAAGAUAGUCUACUAGCUUAAUUCCAGAGACUAUAAAUAAAUCUGUAAUAUACCUUCUCAAGUGUCAGACACAAUAAAAGUUUUUUUUUUUGUUAUAUUCUACAGAUUUAUACUUGGGAGGAAAAGGGGUAUGGCUAACUUUUAAUUAUUAAUACUUAAAAAUGAAUGUUGUAAAAAGAAAUGUUAAACAUUUGGAAUGAAAUAUGUUUCACUUACUAACUGGUGUAUUUUUUUUUAAGCUUUUGGUUAUUCCCAGUCAGUAGAAGGGAAAAUAAAACCACUGUGAAAUUUAGUAGAUUCAGGCAGUUGCUUGUGUUUUGGUGCUCCAUUUAAUUAUAGUACAUUCUGUCGCUGGCCAUAGAAUGUGCCCCAUUUAUCUAUAUGGCUGCUUAUAUAUUUUGAUUAGCAUCAGAUAAUAGAGAGGAAAUCAAAUAUAAACAUAAAAUAAAGAGACCCUAACAUUAAAGUAUAUUGUUUUCAUAAGAUUAUUAUGAUUGGCUAGCCAGCCAGCCAGAUGGAUAGUCUGGAUUUGGCAUUUUAAUCCACUUUUUCAGUCUUUCAAAGGAUCUGGGAUAGGCUGGUAUUGUUGUUUGACAGUGUUAAAGGUAUCAUCCACAGGAUGAAGCUGUUCCACAAGUAAAGUUGCCUGUUGCAAUUGAUGGUAGUAAUUUUGUCAAUGCUGAUGGUGUUCAAGUGGAGUUCCAGAUAUUUUAGAAUUGCACCCAGGGCACCUAUUACUGUUGGUACUGUCUUUGCUUUCUUUUGCUGUGGUUGUUCUAUUUCUACUUGCAGAUCUUUGUAUGUUGUGAUUUUCUCAAGUUCUUCUUCUAUUCCGCUGUCUCCAGUACUGCAACAUCAAGUAUUCAGACUUUUUUGUUUUUCUUACCAACAUUUGAUAUGUUUGAGGGGUUAUCUAGCAGGUGCCUAUCUGUUUGAAUUCUAAAGUCUCAGACCACCAUAGCUUCUUCAUUUUUCUAUUACUUUGUAUGUGUUGUGGUCCCACCAGUUUUUACUUGCAAUGGUAUUUUUUUAUAGAUCUUCCAAUACACCAUUGGAACAUCUACUUCAUUGCCAGUCUGUGCAGUGUUCUUGCAUCAGCUAAUUAGAUGGUCCACUGUUUCUUCAGCUCCUUUGCUGGGACCGCAUUUGCUGUCUGUUGCUGUCUUGUCAAUUCUGGGUUUAUAUACAUUUGUUCUUUAAGCUUGGCCUUGUGCAGGCAGAAUUAGCUCCCCAGUCUUUUUCUGCAACUUUCCUGCUCUUAGCCAUUGCCAGGUCUUGUUGUUAACCUGCUUGACCUGCUAUAUCUUUAAAUGUACUGGCUGUGUAAUACUUUGCCUUGCCAUGUCUCUGUUCUACGUUUCAUUUGGUCUUUUUUGUAGGCAGUUUGCUCUUGCCGGUAUUCAGUAAGCUUUAUGGUGUACUAGCUUCAUUGCAUCUUCUUCAUAGUUCUUCAGAUAGUCUUCCAGUGCCCUUUUUUUCUUCUUCAACUAUCUGGUGUACUUGCAACAUUCCACGUCCUUGUUUUCCUUGGUAAGUAAAGUAAGAAUGAAAGGAAUGAUUUAUUGUUAUUAUUUUUCUAAUCAUCCUACCCAGGGCUUUUAGUUCUGCUUGAGUCUAGUCCACUGUUCCAGCUCUGUAUCUAAUGACUUGUGAAGCUGUUAAUUGCCUUGUUGAUAUUUCCGUUACUGGGUCUGGACUUUAAGAUCUUCUUCACUGCCAUGAUAGAUUCACUUCUAACUUUCUUCUUGACUUCACUGUUCUUGUUGCCAGCUUGAUGGAUGCCCAGGAAUUUAUACUAAGCUUCUUCGUCUAGACCAGUGGUUCUCAACCUGUGGGUUGGGACCCCAUUUGGGGUCGAACGACCAUUUCACGGGGGUCGCCAAACAAGGCUGUCCGCCAUUUUUUCCCCCUUUUCUUUGGCCAUGCUCCUGGCACCCGGUGAUGUAUAAGUGGUUGGGGGUCACCACAACAUGGGGAACUGUAUUAUGGGGUCGCGGCAUUAGAAAGGUUGAGAACCACUGGUCUAGACUCUUGAUGUUAUUUCCAUUCACAUUUCACUAUUCUUCCUCAUUUGAUAGUGAGGGUGGCACAUUUGUCUAGUCCAAACUCCAUUGCAAUAUCUUGACUAUAUAUUGGGACAAUGUUGAGCAGCAAUUCUAUUUCAGAUGGUGCUUUUCCAUACAGCUUCCUAAUAUCCAUGCAAAGGACGUGGGGUAGGUUGGCAGAUUUCUUUGAUGUUUGUUAGCCAUGGCCUGACUUGUUCAGUAUUGUUAACAGAGGAGUUAAUGUAGCAACAAACUCUAUUGGUGACAGUCAGUCUCCUUGAAAAAUCCCUUUCUUGGUAUUAACCUCUCCUAGUAUUUCAACAUUGACCAGUAACUGUGUCUUCCAUUGUGCCAUGAUCUUUGCUUAAAGCUUCUACUGAUUCCUGUUAUUUUUAGACAUUUGAUUAUCCAAUAAUGUAGCAGAGAGUCAAAUGGCUUAUUAUAAUAAGUCCAAGCUAUGUUCAACUUGGCUUUCCUUCUCUUGUAGUUUUCCAGAAUCAUCAAUUAUUAGUUAAUCUUCGUUCCUUUUCUGUUUGAGUGGUUUGCUCAGAUGGAAAGAGCUUGUUUUCAGCUAGAUGCUAUUGGGCUGCAUCAGCUAUCACAUCAGUGAGCAAGUCAUUGGUAAGAAGGUAAUUGGCCUGUAGAUAACCCGGUACGGCCCCUUUUGCUGGAUCUUUCAUUAUGAGGUAGAUUUUGCCAUAUGUUAACCACUCUUCAAUUUCACCUCUUUGCAGUAUGUUGUUAAACUGCUUGGCAAUGAGUAGAUGUAGACCAGUCAGAUAUUUUAACCAAAAACCAUGCAGUUCAUCUUCACUUGGUGCUGCUGACCAAUUCCUGAUUUUCUUUGCCCUUUUCUCCACCAUUUCUGCUGUUAUUACAAGUCCUGUUUUAUUCUUAUCCACCUCCUUUAGCCAAGCUGCAUUCUUUUAUUUCUUUGGGUUGUCCCAUAACUAUGCCCAGUACUGCACUGUUUCUUCUUUGCCGGAUGUGGCUGGUUCACUGCAGUUUCUCCAUUAAUGGAUUGGUGGAAACAUUUCUGAUUUGACUGAAAUUGAAGAUUCUGCUUGUAGUGUGCAAUUUGAGCUUUGUAUCUGCUGAUUUUCUCGGCUGUGAGUGUUAUUUGUUGAUAUUUCUUGAUCAGGUGUUAUUUGGUCCUCUUGUUCUUUAGCUUCUUGUCUUUCAUCUGUUCCAGCUUGCUUGCAUCUGAUCUUAACAUGCUGUUCUUAUUUUAUAACCUGAUCUUCUAUUUUGGUGGUGUACUGUUUGGGUUUUUUUCUUGUUUGUUGAUUUUGCAUCCAACAUUUUCAGUUAUAUCUGCAGCCAUGCUGUAAAUUAAUUGGUUUGUUUGCCCAGGAUGCUUGAACCUCUGGCAUAACUCUCAUCCUCUUUGGAGCAUGCAAGCCCCACAGCCCCAUCAAGUGAAACGUUAGAAGUUCACUGCUCUCCAGAUACAUCAUUGACUGUUACCAAUGCAUUUUAUUUAUACAGACUUUAAUCUGAAGUCAACAAAUGUGCAUUUGUCAUGUGAAUAUUGGCAAAAACACCCAGCCCUACAUCUAUAGAAAGAAAAUGCCAUGGCCAUUUCCAAGCAGUAAGGAAGAGAAUUUGUAUAAUUAAAGCAAGUCAACACAUUUCCUUUUAUGAAAAUGAAAAACUAGAUACUUACUUGGGAUGCAUACACAGGUGCUAUCACUCCUGUGAAAAACUAAUUGCUCGUGACCAACAGUUACAACUUCAGGAGCCAUUGUAAUGACUCUGGAUAAUGGCAAUUGAGCAUUGGCAAUCAUUUUACAAUUUAUAGAAUUAUGUGAUGUCUUAAAACCUGGGUGUAUCUGAGCCUUGCCAGAGUUUAGCUGCAGGAUGAGAUUUAUCUCAAGCUCACAAGCUUACCCAGUUGGGUUUCUUGGGGUUUGUAUAUGUAAUAGUGGUAUAUUCUGGUAGGAUGGGAUGGGAGAUGAGAAUUUAAACUAAACGAGCUUUGCUGUACCAAGAGCAGUAUGUUGGAUCACAGAGUCCUAAUUUCAUCUUUUUCCUUCUUGAAGGAAGGGAAAUUCUAGUAGGAAACUUAUAUUACAAAGCUGUGUUAUGGCCAUUUCUUUCAAGUAUUGUAGACUGAAUCCAUUGUAGUUGAGGUAGAGCCAAAUAGAUCAAUGAAUAUUGAUUAUGUUACGUGUGACUAAAUUUGGUAAUAGUUAUACAAUAAUGAAGACAUAAAUAUGUUUGUGUGAGAGGGGAAGGGACUUCCUCUUUUCAUGAGGAUGGAAAAAGAGUAAGCAGAAAAUGGAGUGGCAUCUACCAGCAAGUUAUUGGUUUGCAAUAAAUUAGAACACACUUUUAAUAUGAGCAAUAGAUUUUUCUCUCAAUUAGACCAUUGAAAGCCUUACUAUCUAGUUAAUCAAGUAUAGAUUCAUAUUUGUGGAAUCACAAAUUUACAGCUUAGUAGGUAUCAUGGAUAAUCACUUCUGUCUUUGAGUUGCUCUUUUAUAUAUGGUUCCAACAGAUACUGGUCUUCGUAGUCAAACACUCACUAGAUAUCAUAAGUGUGUGUCCUUGUAUAAGGACCCGCCUCAAUCAGUUCUCCCAAGAAAGCAUAACUCUUGAAAUGGCAUCAUUUCAAAAGGAACUUUAAUUGGGAGAUGUUGGCAGCAUGAAUAGAAGGCAGGAUCUGAGGGUUUCCCGUGCAAAUCAAGUAAUUAAAAGUGUCCAUAGUAACCCCACCCAAACUGUCCAUCCGGACAGUUCAAACAGGCCAAUCUGCCUGCCGGCGUGAAAACGCUGUGGAAACAGAGUGAUAAGGUGCUGUUUCCAAGGCUGUUAGAGGUCUGCACCGUCUCUUCCACACUCGGAGAUAAGGCGGAUGGCCAGAGGUACAUUCCAUUCCCACCCUGUUAGAGACACAUCAAAGAGAAUAAAGCAAGAGACAGAGCAAAGCAAAUACACAUUAGCACCUUCCAUGCACACAGAACAUAGAGUUCUGAUACCUUGGCUGGAUGUGAGACCUUGUCAUAUAUAUUUUAGGUCAGCAGUAUUGAAAUAUUUGAAUUUCUGGCUCCUUAGUGCAGACUUGGUAUUCCCAGAAUUCAUUUCUAGAUGAGAAUUUUCCAUAAUAAAGAUACAACUAUCAGUUCUUUAAGCCAUAAUUUUAUGGCUUAAAGCGUUGCAAAUGCAUUAUCAAGUUCUUCCAAAUGAGUCUUUCAUUGCAGAAAUGAGCAGAGGACAAUAAAAAGAACUGAUAAUGUCUACAUAAGUUGGAAAAAUAUUUUUAACUUUUAGCACUUAACCAUCCCAGUUUACAUUCCUCAAAACACUUGUUAUUUAGUUUUUUUGUUCAAUAGUGUUUUUUUUUGCCAUUGGUUGAUAAAAUAUGAAACUAGUUCCCUAAUUUCAAGAUUUCUUUGAACUAACCUGUCUUGGAUAAUAUUUCCGACACUCAGAUUCAACUUGCUUUGGAAACUGAAGAGUCUUUGAGGAAGAGUUUGUGAUAGAGCUUUUUAAGGAAAAUUCCAUAAACUCUCUAGAUCCUGGUUAUUGGGGGCUGCUGAGGAAGUUUCCUACAAGUAAUCCCACAAGAUUAUAAAAUAUAUGUGCUAUAUUACAGAACUUUUUAAAACUCCAAUAAAAUUGUAUAUAUGUAUAGAUUAAAAUGCUAACCUGUAACCAAAGUACUGCUUUAAUGUUGGAUACAAGCCACAUUUAUAAUGCACAUAGAAAUAUAUAUGUUGCUAGGCAGAUUUUGCGUCUGAUCGCAUGUGAGAAUAGAGACAUCUGGGAGGAAGAUAGCCACUACGUUUCAUCAAAUGUUUUCUAUAUCUAACAGUACAUUUGUUAUAACCUGAGCCAUACAAAUAUGUAUUUAUGUCUAAAAUAAACUCAAUAAACUGUGAAUAAACAAGA